AUGGCAUCGCGUCACCGUAAAGCAUUUACGAUCGAGGAAAAAUGUAGAAUAAUACGUAGAUUAGAAAAUGGAGAAUCAAACUCAUCUCUGGCAAAGGAGCUUGGGGUCGGUCAUUCGACCAUCUCAAUGAUUUUUAAAAACAAGAACAUCGUUGAGCAAUCGUUCAAUUCAAAUGUUUUGAAACCGAAGAGGCUUCGAAAAUCACGACAAGAAAAUAUUGAUCAAGCCUUAAUUCAGUGGUUCAAAAUAACAAGAGGCAAAGGAAUACCCGUCAGUGGGCCAAUGCUACAGGAGAAGGCAAAUUUUUUUGCUGCACGUUUUAAUAACGUCGAUUUCAAUUGUACUGCAAGCUGGAUCAGUCGUUUCAAAGUUCGACAUAAUAUUGUGGCAGGAAAAAUUGUCGGAGAAUCUUUGUCUGGUGAUGAAAAUUCAACAACAAACUGGUUAACAUCUGUAUGGCCAAAUCUACGUAAACAAUUUUCUGAUGACGAUAUAUUUAAUGCUGAUGAAACGGGACUGUUUUAUAAAUUAAUGCCGGAAAGAACUUUAAAAUUUAAAGGUGAGAAUUGCAGUGGAGGAAAAUUAUCAAAAGACAGAAUCACGCUUAUGGUAGCUGCUAAUAUGAGUGGCACAGAGAAAAAGAAAUUGCUCAUUAUUGGCAAGUCCCAAAAACCAAGAUGUUUCAAAAGUAUUAAAUCAUUACCUGUCGAUUAUGCUAACAAUCGUAAGGCUUGGAUGACGUCGGAAAUCUUUGAAAAAUGGAUUCGAGAUUGGGAUCGUGAUUUGGUGAAGAAGAAUAGAAAAAUUUUAUUACUGGUUGAUAACUGCCCGGCACAUCCAAAUAUUGCUGAUUUAAAUUCAAUAACACUUGCUUUUUUUCCACCGAAUACUACUUCAAUACUACAACCAAUGGACCAGGGAAUAAUUCGUUCACUGAAAACAAAUUUUAGAAAGAACCUUGUUUUAAAAAUGAUUCUAUGUGUUGAUGAUAAUGAAGAUCUUUCUUCAAAAAUAACGGUGCUAGACGCAAUUUUAAUGGUCAAUGAUGCCUGGAACAAAUUGCAACAAAAUACCAUUCAUAAUUGUUUUAGGCAUUCAGGAUUAAAUAAAAGCCACGACGAUUCACCAUUUCAAAUUUCAGAAAAUGAAUUUGUUGAAGAAGAUGUUCCUUUAUCUUUGUUGUUAAGAAACCGAAAUAUAGAUUUAGCAACAACACCGGAAAUGUGGGAAGAGUAUGUUGAUAUCGAUAAUACUCUUAUCACAUGUGAAGAACUUACUGAUGAAAAUAUAAUACAAAAUAUUAAUGACAAUGAACUAUUUGGAAGCGAUGAAGAGAAAGAAGUCGAUGACAAACUACCUACCGCAGAAGAGGCUUUGAAAGCUGCGGAAUUACUAUCAAAAUUUGUCUCUAGCAAUAUUGAAAACGAAAAUGUAACCAAUGCUAUGUCUUUUGUACACAACAGUGUCAGAGACUGUUUUUGCAAUAAGAUGAAGAAAAAAAUUCAAACGAAAAUUACAGAUUUCUUACAUUAA